UGACUCCUCUAUUUGAAUAACCCUUCUAAUUGAAUGACCCUUUUUUGAGGCUAUUGAAAAAUUAAAUGACCCGCUCUUAUCGAAACCGAAUACCGAAAAAUAUCGAAAAAAUACCGACCGAUCUCUAAUUUUAACUAAAACUUUAACUAAAACCGGGGUUUUUUAAAUUUGGAUUAACUGUAAGCUUUAUGUAGGUAUCUCGUUAAUAACCGUUAAUGAACACCCCUAAUAAAUACCUUCCUCUUCCAAUUUAAAAAUAAAUCUCAUAAUUUCUUUAAUUUUUCAACUUUUAAGCUUGUGGAAUGACUCUUUCAAUGAAAACAUAUAAAGGAUAUGAAAAGAAGCCUUAUUGUGAAGCUCAUUACCCAAAAACAGUGCCUUCAGCAGUAAUUGACACUCCAGAAAUGGAAAGAGUGCGGAUUAACACAAAAAAUCAGUCCGCGGUCCAAUACCACGAACAAUUCGAAAAAAUGCGUGGAACAAAAAUUGAGGUUGCCGAUGAUCCGGAAAUGAAACGUUUAUUGGACAACACAAAAGUCCAGUCAUUGGCACAUUAUCAUGGGGAACACCAAAAGAAAGUUGAUCAGGACGCUCACCGCUCUGGAGGGGAAAGCCCAAACCCUGCGGCUGCUGCGGCGGCGGCUUUCUUUGCAACAGCAGCAACGGCCAAUAUUCAACCAACACCUGCUUAUGAGCCUUCCCAUAAAGUUUACAAUUCUAAUUCUAUGGAGUCUAUUUCUACACAUUCUUCUUCACAACCUUCCAAUACUACACAUUUGCAUUUAAAUUAUCAACAAAUAAAUAAUGGAAACGAAAAUAAUAAUGGAAAUCCAGCAGCUUCCUUUAAUGUUUAUGGAUUAUUAGCUGCUGUGGAUGCAAAAAAGAAAAAUAAAGAAAAUGAUGGAAUAUCUCCAUAUACCCAAAGGUUAAUGCAACAAACACACGGAACUAUUGUUUAUUCAACAGAAAUGGGUGGAAGGGUUUCCCCAACCGAGAAAAAACCUGUCGGUUCAAUUGCAGAUUAUGACCCUAUGAGCGCAGAACAACCAACCAAACAAAUAAACGCUUCUGGGCCUACAGGUGGUGGAAAAGCCCCUGGAGGAAAGGCUGCGACUGGGGGGUUUACUGUUAAAGCCCUUUAUGAUUAUACAGCGGCGGAUAAAGAUGAAGUUAGCUUUAAGGAGGGAGAUGUUAUUGUUAAUUGCCAAAAAGUGGAUGAUGGCUGGUUAACCGGAACAGUACAGAAAACAUUAUUAUGGGGAAUGUUGCCAGCUAAUUAUGUUGAGAAGAUUAAUACACCGACAGGGAUGUUUCGUGUAAAAUAAAUGAGAGGAUGGAGCCUUUUAAAACUUAUAUUUUUGGAAUUUUGCAAAACAGCAACGGAUAAUUUGAUUUUAAUAUUAAAAUAUAUUAAAUAUUUUAUUUUGGCAAUUUAUUUUGUUUAAAUUUUUUAGUAUUUGUAUAAUGAAUAGGCAUUUUACUAAGAUUAUCAAACUGGGUAGGUAUUUAGACAAUUAUUUUUUUAGAACUGAAGUGACUCGAUCGAAGUUUUUUUCAAAAUCCCGAGUAUUCAAUUUAUUUAAAAUAUUACACGAUCACAAACCAUUAAUAGGUAUUUUUACAAAAAUUCAAGGUUAGGACUUGCUAUUUUCAAUUAUUAUUUUUAAAGUUUUUUUUUCUGACUUUUCAUCAGUUUUUUUUCUUCUCACUAUUCAAAUUGACAAAUUUAUUAGAGCCUUUCCUGUAAAUUUAGUUUUGAUUAAUUUUACUUUUACUGCUUCAGUACGCCACGGGAGCGGUUUAUGCGGCGGUUACGCGUUCAACAAAGAUAUGUAGAUGCUUCUGGUGGGUCGCAUCGAACUUCAAUGACUUUACAUUGUCAAUGACUUUACAUUAGCUUACUUCAGGAUUUCCUAAUCUUAACAAAUUUGGUAUUAAACGAUUCCUCUCAGCUUUAAACUUCAAAAAAAAAUUGUUUGGGUUUUAUUUACAACAAUGGAACAACAAAACUACUGUUCCGCUUGAAUGGUUCAAUCAAUGGAUUGAAGGAGAACAAAACGUUCCUGUCCCUCUCCAUCAAACCAAUUGGCAAACAUAUUAAUGGGCCAGGUAAAAGUGUGUGUCCAGUUUUCGACAACUAAAUUUAAAAAAUGUUCCUGGAUAAAUUUGUACAUUUGAAUAAUGAGUCAAGCUCGUAACCAGGGGAAAUCUCCCCCAACCCCACCCCCCUAAAUGGGAAAAAGCCCUUCCCGGAAAUUUUUAUAAAAUUAGUUUAAUCAUAAGAAAAUUAAAAUUACUAUUUUGUGGUUGUUGUUGUGCCAUUUUUUUGAAAA